UGCGGUGUGGCUAUGGUCAUGUUUCAGCCCCCGGUGUGUAGACCGGAUCGGACCGGCUGUCAGCGAAACAGCUUGAUUGUGCCGGUGCUGCUGCUGCUCCUCUAUGGCUCCCUCAAGGCCACUCAGGCUGCCAAACCCAAAGGGCCAGGACACACACAUUUGAACUCCAUUCGCAUUGACGGGGAUAUCUCCUUAGGUGGGCUCUUCCCAGUACACGCCAGGGGCCACGAUGGCAAGCCAUGUGGGGAGCUGAAGAAGGAGAAGGGUAUACACAGACUGGAGGCCAUGCUCUUUGCCCUUGACCGCAUCAAUAAUGACAAUAAUCUACUGCCUAACAUCACACUGGGGGCCCGUGUGCUGGACACCUGCUCCAGGGACACUCACGCCUUGGAGCAGUCGCUCACCUUCGUGCAGGCUCUGAUCGAGAAGGACGGGACAGAUGUCAAGUGUCUGGGCGGGGGAUCGCCAAUUAUCACCAAACCUGAGAGGGUGGUGGGCGUCAUUGGAGCCUCCUCCAGCUCUGUCUCCAUCAUGGUGGCCAACAUACUACGCCUGUUUAAGAUACCCCAGGUGAGCUACGCCUCCACAGCUCCUGAGCUCAGUGACAACACCCGCUACGACUUCUUCUCACGCGUGGUGCCUCCAGACACCUACCAGGCCCAGGCCAUGGUGGACAUCGUAAAGGCCAUGCGCUGGAACUACGUCUCCACAGUGGCCUCAGAGGGAAACUACGGAGAAAGCGGUGUCGACGCUUUCAUUCAGAAGUCUCGGGAGGACGGAGGUGUGUGUAUCUCCCAGUCCGUCAAGAUUCCCCGGGAGCCCAAGCAAGGGGAGUUUGACAAGGUCAUCCGCCGACUCAGAGAAAACCCAAACGCGAGAGUCGUCAUCCUUUUUGCCAACGAAGAUGAUAUCAGGCGGCUACUCCACGCAGCUAAAAAGGCCAACCAGACAGGUCAUUUCAUCUGGGUGGGCUCGGACAGCUGGGGCUCAAAGAUCUCUCCGGUUGUGCAGCAGGAGGAGAUGGCAGAGGGCGCAGUCACCAUCCUGCCCAAGCGGCAGUCCAUCAAAGGGUUUGAUCGUUACUUCAUCAGCCGAACGCUGGAAAACAACAGAAGGAAUAUCUGGUUUGCUGAGUUCUGGGAGAACAACUUCAACUGCAAACUCAGCCGUCACGCCGUGAAGAAAGGGUCCGGCCUCAAAAAGUGCACAAAUCAGGAGCGGAUAGGAAAGGACUCCAACUACGAGCAGGAAGGAAAGGUGCAGUUCGUCAUUGAUGCAGUCUAUGCAAUGGCUCAUGCCCUGCACAACAUGCACCAGGAGCUCUGCCCGGGGAAGGUGGGCCUCUGUGCUAAAAUGGAUCCCAUCAAUGGCACUCAUCUGCUCAAGCACAUCCGCCGUCUAAACUUCGCAGGCAUCGCAGGCAACCCAGUGCUCUUCAAUGAGAAUGGAGACGCCCCUGGACGCUACGAGAUCUACCAGUACCAGAUCAGAAACCGAACGGCCGAAUACAAAAUAAUUGGCCACUGGACGGAUCAGCUCCAUCUCAACGUUCGUUCGAUGCAGUGGCCCGGCGGUGUCCGUCAGAUCCCUUCCUCAAUCUGCAGUCUGCCCUGUCAGCCCGGCGAGCGCAAGAAGAUCGUGAAGGGCAUCCCUUGCUGUUGGCACUGUGAGCGGUGCGAUGGCUAUCAGUACCAGGCAGACACCUACACGUGUAAAAUGUGUCGAUUUGAUUUGCGGCCCAACGAGAAUCACACGGGCUGCGUUCCAAUCCCCAUUGUUAAACUGGAGUGGAGCUCUCCGUGGGCAGUCAUCCCUGUGCUCAUCGCAGUGUUUGGCAUUAUGGCUACCGUGUUUGUGGUGGUCACAUUCAUCCGCUACAACGACACUCCCAUUGUGAAAGCGUCGGGCCGAGAGCUGAGCUACGUGCUGCUAACUGGCAUCUUCCUCUGCUAUGCCACAACAUUCCUGAUGAUUUCCACCCCUGACGUAGGAAUUUGUUCCCUCCGGAGGAUCUUCUUGGGUCUGGGCAUGAGCAUCAGUUAUGCUGCCCUGCUCACCAAAACCAAUCGUAUUUACCGCAUCUUUGAGCAGGGCACCAUGUCUGUCAGUGCACCCAGGUUUAUUUCUCCAGCCUCCCAGCUAGUCAUCACGUUCACCUUGGCCUCGGUGCAGCUGCUCGGGGUGUGCAUCUGGUUUGCCGUGGAUCCUUCCAAGGCCAUUAUUGACUAUGAGGACCAGAGGACGUCUAACCCGACCAUGGCUCGUGGUGUGCUCAAGUGUGACAUCUCUGACCUGUCUCUGAUCUGCCUGUUGGGCUACAGCAUGCUGCUCAUGGUCACCUGUACAGUGUAUGCCAUUAAAACCAGAGGAGUGCCGGAGACCUUCAAUGAGGCCAAACCCAUCGGUUUCACCAUGUACACCACCUGCAUUAUUUGGCUGGCAUUCAUCCCAAUCUUCUUUGGCACUUCACAGUCCACAGAAAAGAUGUACAUCCAAACAACCACUCUGACGAUCUCCGUGAGCCUGAGCGCCUCGGUGUCCCUCGGGUUGCUCUAUAUGCCUAAGGUCUACGUGGUUCUCUUCCACCCCGAGCAGAAUGUGCCCAAGCGCACACGCAGCCUCAAGGCCGUGGUUACUGCCGCCACCAUGUCCAACAAGUUCAACCCCAAGGCUGGACUCAGACCCAACGGAGAAGCCAAGACCGAGCUGUGCGAAAGCCUCGAAACGCAAUCUUUCUCAACAAAGCAAACCUACAUCAGCUACAGCAACCAUGCAAUCUAA